GUCUAGUUGGUUUGGACCCAAUGAACAGCAGUGUUAAGCAUUUAUAGAAUCUGGCUUGUGGCUGACUCAUGUUUCUGGCUAAUUGCUAGCAACAGUGAGAAAACAGGGACAAAUAUGUGAAAGAACUUUAAGAACAUGGCAUAUUGGAGCCGGACACGAGCUGUAUUUGAUGUUGCACUCAAGGUUCAUCAAACUAUACAAGAAAGAGACCUUGAAGUUGGUCGUAACCUUGGCAACUGGAUCCUUCACUGGCUUGACAGAGUGAAACCAUCAGCACAAAUCCGAGGAGGCAAGCCCCCAUCCGAUGGGAAUGCAAACACAAGCACGACAAAGCAGCUAACCAACUCAUCUCACCAGAAAACUCCUGGGGGAUCCCGAAGUUUCAGUGCAAGAGACAGGGACCGAGAGUCUGAUAAGCAUCUGUUUACCUCCUCAAAGAACAUAUGGUCGAAACCCUUUCCCACCAUUGCAAUGAUGAUCCAGCCUGCAAAGCCUGCUGGAACUAACAUGCAGUACAGACAAUUGUGCAUUGGUAGCCCUGAAGGUUUCAAAGUAAACCAUGGAAGAUUUGGUUUUGAGGGAGUGAUUCGGAAGGAUAUAAUGCAGUGGAUACUGCCACACUAGUGGAGUACUGAACCUACUUUUCUUCAUUGCUUUUUCUUAAUGUCGUGGAGUGAAGGAACCAAAAUGCAGUGGAUGAUGGGAAAUUUACUACUUGAAACUCAUUCCUCUUUGGUCUUGUCCAGGUGAAGAUAAAAACUUUUUUGCACGACUUUAUUUUCUGGAUUUUUGUACAUUCUUGCGAUCGUUUUCUGUCAGAAACUUGUCUUGUUUUCGAUCAUGGAUGACUUUGUGGUUUCUGUGAUGUAUUACGAUGAUUAGGAGCUUUUUAAGGUUACAGUUGGAUUUCUUGUUCUG